CUCAAGCAAUCUGGGUGCAUGUUGGUGACUUCACAGGUGGGGAUGGUCAUCGUGAACUGUUAACUGUCUCUGAGGUGAUCGUUCAUGAAAGCUUCAACUCAUUGAACCAUCAGCAUGACAUAGCAAUGCUGAGACUGAUGUUUCCUCUCAGCAUAGAGCACAGGCAACACUCUUUCAACCUCUGCAGCAGCAACACUGCCACAACUGCAAACAACAUCUGCACCCUAAUGGGAACAUGUGGCCUGGGAACCAUAAUGGCCUCUCAAGACAUCGAGCCCCCCAACUUACGCGAAAUAUUCCUGACCGAGACCAGAGGGGGAGUUAUAUUUCAACGAUGUCCUCAAGGUGUUAUUUGUACACACAGAACAAGUAGAGUGAGCCAGAAUAUAUGUAGAGGCGAUGAGGGGGGACCUUUGUAUUUGUUCCAUGGAGAUUCAACAGUGCCGAGAUGUCUUUACGGUGUCGCGAGCUACUUCGGACCGGAUAGAAGAUCCAGAGAAUUAUGCAACGGUGGCAGUUUCUUCACCAGUGUUCCAGCCCAUUAUUACUGGAUUCUGUCCAAACUUCAUCAGUGAAAUAAGCUAUACGUUUCCCUUCCCUCCCUUCUCUCCCUCCUCACCCUGUAACCCAUUGACUUCUCACCCCAGUGACUUGAAUUAUAGAGUAACCAAGGUGCAAAUUGCAGAAAUAUAUGUUAUUAUAAAUCUAUAAAAAAUA